AUUGAGUGCAUGGGAAAUCCUCGCUAAAGGGGAUGAUUCUUCCUGGCCUCGUCCUAGCUGCUACUUCUAUUGUUGUGGGGCUCAAUGGAGGCUUCGCCGGUUCCUGUUUUUGUUAUUCUCCAUGGUCGACGAUCUCCGCCUUCGUGAAACAAUCCAGGCAUUUAAUAUACAUGCGGUAACGACUGGUCGAUCCUUGUGAUUGAACAUUAACACAAGGGACCUUGGGAUUGUAGGUUUGUGGGCGCACGAGAGAAGCCGCCAUGGGACCGACCGAAGACUGAGAUUUCACAGUCGAGUCAGCCUUCGUAGGGUAAUUCCUCCUGGAUUUUAACCAUAAACUACGUGGAACAAACGCCACAGGACGUAUGUAGCCUCACCCCGAAGCAAUAAAGGUCUCUUUUACGGCUCGGGGAUGGGUUGCGUCAAGAGCAAAGAGGACAAGGGCCCGGCGCUCAAGUACCGACCGGACAACAGCGCGUCGGGGCCGGGCAACUCCCACAUGGGCCACUACGGGCCUGACCCCACCCUCAUGGGCCACUCCCCCGCCGCCAAGAUGAACAACAGCGGCUACGGCGGCCACGGCAUGGGCGCCUCGCUCACGCCCUUCGGCGGCGCGUCGGCCAUCAUGACGCCGUUCGGCGGCGCCUCCAGCUCCUUCACGGCGGUGGCGGUCAGCAGUCCCUUCCCCGGCGUGGUGACAGGCGGCGUGACCUUUUUCGUGGCGCUGUACGACUACGAAGCGAGGACGGCGGACGACCUCUCGUUCUCAAAGGGCGACCGCUUCCAGAUCAUCAAUAACACGGAAGGUGACUGGUGGGAAGCUCGCUCUAUCAACACGGGUCAGAAGGGUUACAUCCCAAGCAACUACGUGGCCCCGGCGGAUUCGAUACAGGCCGAAGAAUGGUACUUUGGAAAAAUGGGCCGGAAGGAUGCAGAGCGUCUUCUGCUUGUGCCGGGGAACCAGAGGGGGACGUUCCUGGCACGAGAGAGCGAGACCACUAAAGGCGCCUACUCCCUCUCCAUCCGGGACUGGGACGACAUGAAGGGGGACAACGUCAAACACUACAAGAUCCGCAAGCUGGACAGCGGGGGCUAUUACAUCACCACGCGGGCCCAGUUCGACGCGCUGCAGAAGCUGGUGAAGCACUACACAGAGCAUUCAGACGGGCUGUGCUACAGGCUGACCACGGUGUGCCCCACGGUGAAGCCCCAGACACAGGGCCUGGCCAAGGACGCCUGGGAGAUCCCCCGGGACUCCCUCCGACUGGAGCUCAAGCUGGGCCAGGGCUGCUUCGGAGAGGUCUGGAUGGGCACGUGGAACGGCACCACCAAGGUGGCCAUCAAGACCCUGAAGCCCGGCACCAUGUCGCCCGAGGCCUUCCUGCAGGAGGCCCAGAUCAUGAAGAAGCUCCGCCACGACAAGCUGGUGCCGCUGUACGCCGUGGUGUCGGAGGAGCCCAUCUACAUCGUGACCGAGUACAUGGGGAAAGGGAGUUUACUGGACUUCCUGAAGGAGGGAGAUGGAAAAUGCCUGAAGCUGCCCCAGCUGGUGGACAUGGCUUCACAGAUCGCCGACGGCAUGGCCUUCAUCGAGAGGAUGAACUACAUCCACAGGGACCUCCGGGCCGCCAACAUCCUGGUGGGGGAAACCUUGUGUUGCAAGAUCGCUGACUUCGGGCUGGCGCGCCUCAUCGAGGACAACGAGUACACGGCCAGACAAGGUGCCAAGUUCCCCAUCAAGUGGACAGCGCCCGAGGCCGCCCUGUACGGCCGCUUCACCAUCAAGUCUGACGGCUGGUCCUUCGGCAUCCUGCUGACCGAGCUGGUCACCAAGGGCCGGGUGCCCUACCCGGGCAUGGUGAACCGGGAGGUGCUGGAGCAGGUGGAGCGGGGCUACCGCAUGCCCUGCCCCACGGGCUGCCCCGAGUCCCUGCACGAGAUGAUGAGGCAGUGCUGGAAGAAGGACCCCGACGAGAGGCCCACCUUCGAGUACAUCCAGUCCUUCCUGGAGGACUACUUCACCGCCACGGAGCCCCAGUACCAGCCGGGGGAUAACCUCUAGACCCCCGGCAGCACCGGUAGAGCCCACCACCACCACCUCCAUCGCUAGAGGUCCCCAGCAGAUGGGGGGGGGUGUGGGCGGGGAGAAGAGGAUAUUUUUUUUUUUAUAGAAAAAGAUGUAGGUUGAAUUAUAGGCGAUUUAACAGACGCUGGCUAAGCUAUAAGGGUACCGGAUCGAGGGCUACGAGUACCAGGACCACAAAGAGUACGUGGACAGGAAAAACCCGAGAGCUCCGUGCUAAUAUCCCACAAACGUUGGCGGCCAAACGGGACGUACCUGCAGUGUCUACUGCGGUGCGAGUGUGUCUGGGUGUGGAUGUGUGAAAACGAUUGUUUUUGGGGGGGGGGGGUGGGUUGGUGGUC